AUACAAACGUGACGUUAUCAUGUGUGCUGCUGGCAGAAUACUAGUGCAGUCGGACAUGUAACAACUCUACCGGCGUUUUAGAAAAACUGUAUCAAUUGACAUUGAAACAAUGUACAGUAUCUACUAGUACAAGAGGACAACAGCCACAGAAUAUCCUGGCAACCUUCACUCUAUUCUAGUAGAUAGAAAAAAGAAGCGUUCUGGCAGCGGUCAAAAAUGUUAGAAGGUUAGCUAGCUUUCUCAAGUGGACUAAAAGUAGAAGUUUGAUCAAUAACACCAUGACAACCGGAAUGGAGAACUGCGCCAAACCACUGUUUACAUUUGGAAUAAUCGCCGACAUUCAAUUCGCCGACAUAGAUGAUGGCUUCAAUUUCAAACGCUCAAGGAAACGAUACUACAGGAACAGUCUUCGCCUAUUGCACAAUGCACAGAAAAGGUGGACCGCGGAUACUGUCAAACCCCGGUUCAUCCUUCAGCUCGGUGACAUUAUCGAUGGCUUCAACAAGAGGCACGACGCAUCAGAGCGAGCCCUGGAAACGGUGAUGAAAGAGUUUGACUCCUCUCCGGUUGAAGUCCACCACGUGUGGGGCAACCAUGAGUUUUAUAACUUUAGCAGAGACACCCUAAUGCGGUCGGUUCUCAAUAGUACUACAGAUUCUGAAGCAGGAGGGGGGCACCUCAGCAGCUGUGAAAUCUAUGCUUAUCAUUUCAGUCCAGCCCCCAAAUACCGAUUUGUCGUUUUGGAUGCCUAUGAUGUGAGCCUACUAGGGAGAGAGGAGUCCAGUCUGAAAUACCAGCAGGCUAUUGCUAUUUUAAAAGCCCACAAUGACAAUGAAGAUCUGAACCAUCCCCCAGCACCUGUGGGGAUGGAGCAAAGGUUUGUGAAGUUCAAUGGAGGAUUCAGUCAAGAUCAGCUGGACUGGCUGGAAGGAGUUUUGUCGUUGGCAGACAACAAACUGGAGAGAGUCACCAUUGUCAGCCAUCUCCCUAUCCACCCCAGCUCUACAGAACCUAUCUGCCUAGCCUGGAACUACGAUGCGCUGCUCUCCAUACUCCAGGCCCAUAAGAGUGUAGUCUGCUUCAUGGCAGGACACGACCAUGAUGGAGGCUAUCACAGAGAUGACUCCGGAGUGCACUACCUCACACUGGAGGGGGUGAUAGAGACACCCCCGGACAGUGAUGCCUUUGGUACAGUCUCUGUGUAUGAGGACAGAAUGUUUUUAAAGGGAUAUGGAAGAAUGUCUGAUAGAAUACUAAUGUAUCCAUGAUAAUGCCAAAGAUUCUACGGCUGUACGGAAUCUGGUGAGGGACAAUUCCUUGGGUCCUCAUAUACAGAGUAUACAAAACAUUAAGGACACCUGCUCUUUCCAUGACAUAGACUGACCAGGUGAAUCCAGGUAAAAGCUAUGAUCCCUUAUUGAUGUCACUUGUUAAAUUCACUUCAGUCAGUGUAGAUGAAGGGGAGGAGACGGGUUCAAUAAGGAUUUUUAAGCCGUAAGACAAUUAAGACAUGGAUUGUGUAUGUGUGCCAUUCAGAGGGUGAAUGGGGAAGACAAAAUAUGUAAGUGCCUUUGAACGGGGUAUGGAAGUAGGUGCCAGGUGCACUGGUUUGUGUCAAGAACUGCAACGCUGCUGGGUUUUUCACGCUCAACCAUUUCUCAACUGUGGGAAGCAUUAGUGUCACCAUGGGCCAGCAUCCCUGUGGAACACUUUCGACACCUUGUCCAUGCCCGGACGAAUUGAGGCUGUUCUGAGAGGGGGGGGGUGUGUUACAAAUCAAUAUUAGGAAUGUGUUCCUAAUGUUUGGUACACUCAGUGUGUGUAUAUACAUAUUUCAUUUUCUGAGUUAAUGGGCCAGUGAUUAAAAUAAAACUUUAUACCAAUAUUGAUUUAAGUGGAAGACAACAGGUACUGAUAAAACAUGUUGCACAUUCCAUCUGGCCUGAGGUUGGGUGCCAACAGAGUGGGAGAAUGUCUCUUCAUAACACAUAAACACACUUUCUCUCAUAAUAUGUUACCUCAAUAAGUUGAUAUUGUAGCUCUAAAUUAUGUUAUUGUGGUGAUAGACCUAUUGAUAAUUACCUAUGAAAAAUGAAUGCUAUGACGAGUAAAUGGAUUAAUCUGUGUAUUGCGCUGUAAGGGGAUCAUUAUUUUACCUUCAAUAAAUUUAAUUUGAUUUCUAAAUGUUCCUGUAAUAGUCAUGCAAAUUAAGUUUAUUGACAUUACUAAAUAUAUGCCAUUUGACGCAUUUAUCCAAAGCACAUGACUGCCAUGGGGCUAAGAGUAUAAGAAGCACCAAAAGACAUUCAACCAACUUGACACAACGGUGGGAAGCAUUGGAGUCACCAUGGGCCAGCAUCCCUGUGGAAGACAACAGGAGACUCACGGCUGGAGGAGGCUCACGGCAGAUCACACUUUAAGAAAUAUAUUUUUCUUUAUUCUACUA